AUGGUCUGUGGUGUAAGGGAUCAUCCACACUCACCCGUAUCUGGCACAGGUAAUGUCCUUCAUGGUGUUUUGGCAACACGCCAUGGCGCUCAUGAAGCUGGUGCUUGUGCACUUCCAGUAUCAAAUUAUGCUGUUAUCAAUCCAGUUGCUCUUGGAAGUAUUGGAUCUUUGCAACAUCUCAAGUUUCGGCCAGAUUUAUGUGGUCACGUUUUGAAAGUUGAUUGUGGUAAUGGGCCAUUGAAUAUUAUUAUUACAAACUCCAACUAUGGAGGAGGUCUUGACUUAUAUGGUUCUACUUGGGGCAGGCUUACUAACAACAAACCACCUGGAGAAACCCAUUGUAGUGUUCGAUUCACUGAUAGUAGCGCUUUCAACUUCCAUGGACCUCGUUGCUUUUACAAGCCUGGAACAGAUUAUGGCAAUGCCUAUUACCAUAAUGUUGGGCUUUUGAAUACAGGAGGACGAAUUGUUACUGGAGCUACUAUUGAUAACCGAGCUGGAGAGCAUCGCGGCGAUAAUCCUUAUUAUGCGUUCAACUUCGGUCCAAUUGACAAUACCGGUGAAGAAGACAAUACUAAUGCAUCUAAUACCAAUGAUGUUAGUGAAACAUCUGAUGAAGAAAAUGAUAAUGAUGCUACUUCUGAUGAUAAUGCUUCGAAAGAUGAUAGUACUGGUGAUAGUAAAUCUGAUGAUGAUGGUACGGAAGAUGAUAGUUCUGAUGAUGGUAGUUCUGGUGAUAUAAGUUCUGAAGAUGGUGAUAUUGAUGAUGGAACAGCUGAUAGUAGCAAAGAUGAUGGUGAUGAUGAAAAAGAUAAUAGCAGUGAUGAUGAAGAGAAUGAUAAUGGUGACAGUCAACAUGUAGAAGAUCUUUAUUAUAAUCCAAAAAGCCGAAAAUGGAAACAUUCAGAUGAAGACAACUGA